CAGGUUACUUCCUCACUUGCGCAAGCGCAUGUGCGCGUGUGCGUGCAUGCGUGCCCCCCCUCCCCCGCUCCCUCUGUUGUUCAGGGGAAAUUUAUUGUCAUGCCAGUUGAAAUGGGCCUGUUUGGGAAAUCUGGUUAGCUGUAUCAAGCUUAAUUUCUCAAGUCUGAUAACAGCUAGUUUUAGUUUAGUUUAAUGGCAGAGACAUUUAGCAUAAGUGACUCCAUCGAGUGUGUGUGUGUGUGUUGUGUGUGUGUGUGUGUGUGUGUGUGUGUGUGUGUGUGUGUGUGUGUCUGUCUGUCUGUCUGUCUGUCUGUCUGUCUGUCUGUCUGUCUGAUGUAUUAGGGCCUAGUAUGAGAGUUUGUUUGAAAACAAUGGCUAACAGCACUGACUUUUUUUUUUCUUUCCAUCAGAAUUUAAAACCCAACAGAUAGCCAAGCAGCAUGGUGGCCCUGGCCCCUCCUCUUCCUACAGUCAGUUCCUGGUACUAACAGAGUGACCCAAAAAGGAGAGUUGGGAACUCCAGGACCCUGGAAACCCUACUAUGGUUUUCUGUGAAAUGACAUUUGCCCAGAACCAACCAGAAGCCCAGUUGGGACACCCCAGGUCACUUUUUGGUUCUUUUUUUUUUUUUUUUCCGGAGCUGGGGACCGAACCCAGGGCCUUGAGCUUCCUAGGCAAGCGCUCUACCACUGAGCUAAAUCCCCAACCUCCCCCAGGUCACUUUUGAUGCCCCCUUCCUCCUCUUGCUCUGCCCAUGUCGUGCACCAUCGACCCAGCUCAACUAUUGCAGUCUCUGGAAACUCCCUCCGAGCUGCAGGCUUCUUCUCCCUUUGACUGAGUAGAUGAAUGGUGGGGCUCUGUUCGGAGUCUGUCUCUCCUCUCCUCUUCCACCUGUUCUCUUCAUGCUGCAAGAAUGGUUUUUGGCACAAAUCUUAGUCAUGUCCCUCUCUUGCUUAAAAGUCUUUGAUGGCACUUUGCUCCCUUCACCAGUGAUAGCAAAAGUCUGCCUGCUUAAAGGUUGUUUUUGGUCCUACCUUAAAGGCUUGAAAGCCAGUCUUGAAAGAUCACAUUACCCUCAGUAUCUUAAUUGACUCCUAGAGCGACAUUUAAAGGCAUUUGUCGAGGAAGACUUGAGCCUCGACCAAUGGUGAAAUUCAUAUUACCCAGCACCUAGUAAAAAUGAUCAGAGCCAAAGAACUAGAAAGAUAAAUUUAAUUUAGAAAGAAAUGCAGAUAGGAACAUGAGGAUAGAAGAAACAGGCCAGAGAAUUUAUUUAUUUUUUUAAAGAUGCAAGUAUAAACCAUAAGAUAAAGAAGAGAGACGGCAACGUGACAUCUUAAGAAGAGAAGAAAAUAUACAUGAAUGAAACAAAGAAGGCCCAAGUCAAACUUCCAAAGACUAAAGGAGCAAUUCUGGUAAUAGAGAUAAAAAUAAACCCCCGAGGUCAGAAUAAUUCUAUCUUAGACACUGAAGAGGGGAGGAACUAACUCCAUGGAGUUCUGGUUACCUGCAAGUGAACUUGAAACGAGUUAGCAUACAAGUCGAUUGUCCCCCAAAGAGGAGUAGAAAGAUACAGGGGAGAAAUCAAAGUGGGAUCAUUUACCAACUUCAGAAAAGGGGUCCUGAAAGUUCAACCAAAAACAUAAAGGAAACGUUCCAAAUCGCAAAAUGAAAUGGCCUUAAGGUAGCAAGAAAGAAAAGCCCUAAAAACAUCUGGGAAGGGAGCGUGAGGAAGAGAGGGAAGGACGGCUGGCUCGUCCUUAAGGACAACGCAGUGCAAAGGACACUUGUUCAGCUCUGAGCUAAAAGGAAACACUGUGAACCUAGACUUCUAUGCAAAGCAAAUAUACACACAUAGUAUGUAUGACGUACAUAUGUAUGGUUAUAUGUAUAUCUACGUAGAUAACAAGUGAAUGAGAAAUAUUUUUCAGACAUACAGAGUUCAAACAAUUGGUCACCAGUCUACGAGAAAGUUAAAGGAGAACCAUUAGAAAGCAGGAAAGUGACAUAGAAGUCUUUUUUUUUUUAGUUCUUUUUUUUCUUUUUUUUUUUUUCUUUUUUUCGGAGCUGGGGACCGAACCCAGGGCCUUGUGCUCGCUAGGCAAGCGCUCUACUGCUGAGCUAAAUCCCCAACCCCCAACAUAGAAGUCUUGAUCUGCCCAAAUAAAUGGAAAGAUUGUAAAUGGUAAAUAAUUCAAAAAUUAUUUAAAAGUCUUUUUAAUAAAAGAUACUUCAUCAAUAAAAAGAAAAAUAUUAAUGUAAUGUAGCGUUUACAGUAUACACAGAAGUAAAAUGUCCACAAGACAGACAAAAGAUGGUGUGAACAGAAGGCUCUUGGUUAGAUACGUUGGAAUACUAUCAAUGAAGGUGACUGUCUAGUCAGGCUCGAUGUUGCUGGGAUAAAACCAUGACCAAAGGCAACUUGAGGAGGAGAGGGUUUAUUUCUAGCUUAUGGGUUAUGGUCCAUUAUAGAGAAAAACCAAGGCAUGAACUCAGAGCAGAAAUCUGAAGUCAGGAAGUAAAGUGGAGACGAUGGAGGACCUUGCUUACUGUCUCACCUUUGCUCCCAACCCAGGCACCAUCCACAGUGGACUGAGCACUACUCCAUAAACUGGCAAGCGAGAAAAUGCUCACACAGGGCUGGGAGAUGGCUCAGAGAUUGAAAUCACUGGCUGCUCUUAAGGAGGACCUGGUUUAAGUUGCCAGCACCCACAUGGCAGCUCAGAACUGUCUAUAACUCCAGCUUUUAAAGAACCCAAAUGACCCUUUUCUGGUCUCUGUGGACACAGGGCACACAUGUGAUGCACAGACAUAAAUGCAAGAAAAACACCCAUGGGCAUAUAAUAUAAAUAAAUUAUAACAGAGCUAAGAAAGAAAAAGGGGAGGAAGGAAGGAAGGAAGGAAGGAAGGAAGGAAGGAAGGAAGGAAGGAAGGAAGGAAAUCCCCAUGGAUAUGCCCAUAGCCACUUGGAUAGAGGCAAUUUCUUAACUGAGGUGACUCUAGUUUGGGACAAGCUAACAAAAACAAACCAGCACAAUGACUCUAAUUAAAAAACAAAAAACAAACAAACAAACAAAAAAAAACCAAAAAAACCCGAACAAUCUAAAACCCACUAAAUAUUAUAAAUCUAAAAGCAAGCAUCCCAAAAUAAAGUGACACAGAUAAAUAUAACUAAAAAGUCAAUCAAAUAAAUAAAAUAAUAAAUAUUUAAUCUAAAAGAAGAUAAAAAUACCAACACCAAAACUAGAUGGGCAGCACAGCAAAGAUAGCGCCAUGCUGAUUCCGUGUGUAGCCACGUUGAGUGUGACUGUGUAAAAGACUCAUUUAAAAGUCAAGCAUCAUCCAAAAAUAGAUCUUAAAAAGGCAAAUUCUAUCCUGUAUAUUAGAAACAAAACAGAAACACAAAGACACAAGUAGAUUAAUUAAAAAAUGGUAGAACAUGCUAUAGUCAAGUCCACUAGAAAGGGUUUUUCUCCACUGAGAACUAAAUGUGGUAGGGCUCUCAAGGAGCUGAGAAGGCAUCAUAACCAUCCCUCCUAUAAAUGCCUUGCUAGAGUCAUGGCUCCCCACCUUCCCCAUGCUCUGACCCUUUAAUACAGUUUCUCAUGUGGUAGUGACUCCAACCAUAACAUUAUUUUUGUUGCUACUUCAUAACUGUAAUUUUGCUACUGUUAAUGGCAUAAUGUAAAUAUCUGUUUUCCAAUAGUCUUAGACAAUCUCAGUGAAAGGAGGGUUCACACCACUCACCCCUGAAAGGAGCCACUGUGGCCAAGAACCACUUCUGUGGAGGUCGUCUCCUUCCUCUGUGAACCGCUGUGGAAUGCUGGAGGCAAUCCCAGACACUGUGACCAGACAAUGGGAAAGUAGAGAAGAAAGGACCUCCAGUGUAGCCACAUGGAGACUGCCAAAUUCUAUCACCCUGGAACUUCUUGCCAUGUUGCUGGAGAUCACCCUGUUCUAACAGGGGCCAUCUUGACUGUGAGGGAGUACCACAGUCCUUCAUGAUAGACACAUGAAUGGAGUACGAAUCAAGGAGAAGCAGAAAAGUUGAACCAUUGAGAGUUGACAUCAGGAGGAGGAGAGAGGAGGACUGGACCAGGGAAAGGAGGGAAGAAAGGACCAGUGCCCAGCUAAUAGGUGGCGCCAUGAGAAGAUCCUCCCUUUGACAAUGACCACAAGAGCUACGUGAAACAUUUUCAAAACCUGCAGACAUCGUAGGCCAUAUUCCCCCCAGAAAUGACUACCAGCUCCGUUAGAGAAGCUUCAAGGCUCUGCACUUGACAAAACAGAAAUCUGUAGGCAAGUGAGUAAUGGUGGGUCUCAAGGGGACCAGAAGAAUGUCCCCAGGAAGAACAGAAGUGCAGGGGAUGAGGUGUCACAGCUGAGGGAGAGAGAACUCUCACUACCCACUAUUUCAGAAAAGAUCGGCUACCCUAAACCCAGUAGACUAGUACCCCACAGUUGCCCAAGCAGUCCCCGUUCUACCCGAACCAGUGCCUUGAGCCACCACCCAGACCCUCUGCCAUGACUCGACUUUCUGCCUCGAGCUUGUGUCUUCUCCUCUACCCUCUGCCCAGCCGGGAAUGGGAUCCUAUCCCAGCUGCCCUGAGUCGCAGAACAAAAUCCAUUCUCUUCAGCCUUAACGCGAAUGGCAUGUUCGUGUUUCACCAGGCACAUGCUGCCAACAUGCCACUUUUUUACUCAGGUUCGAUCACGGGAAGCAAGAGCAGAGGAUGAAAUGAGGGAGGCAGGAAGCCAGGAGAGUCAACACCAGCAUGGGAGACCAAACAGGUACAGCGUACAUCGACUGCUCUGAUAGCUUGAUUCUCUAGAGCCAUCUUCCAAGAUGCUGUAUGGGCCGCUGACUCUCAGAUCAGUUCAAGCCUCAGAGGCUGCAGGAGAGCCUGAAAGAGGAAGUGGGUUUGUGGGUGGGUCUAGACCAGUGGUUUUCAACCUUCCUAAUGCUGUGACCCUUUGAUACAGUUCCUCAUGUGGUGGUGACCCCCAACUAUAAGAUUAUUUUUGGCUACUUCAUAAUCAUAAUGUAAAUAUCUGUGCUUCCGGAUGCUCUUAGACGACCCCUGUGAAAGGGUCAUUUGGCACCCCCUAAGGAAUUAUCAAAUACAGGUUGUGAACUGAUGGUCUGGAGUGACAGAUAGCCUGUGUCCAAUGCGAUCAGAAAGGGUUUCUGUCUAUAAGUGUCUGGGACACAGCCAGUAGCCAAUGGUCUCUAAAACAUGGGACUGAAAGGAGGGUCUAGAAGGCACUAAGUGAGAUCUCACCUAUAAGCCAGCUCUACAUUCUCUCCUGGCAGUGGGCAUCUCAAUGCCCAUGAUGCCACCUGGGCUAUGUCUUUCUAAACUAGAAAAUAGCUUUGUCUAUCCCCUGGCCCUUCUCCUAACAAUCUUUUUCAGUGGAUGUUCCCAACCGUCCCCCUCUACCCCUCUUGGAAUACAGGUGAUGGGGUUGGUCAUGGCACGAGAAAGUGGAUCUGACGGCAGAGUGAGGCUGUGCCCAGGGUACCCUUCACUCACACACACCCCUGAAGGUUCCCCCUGCCCAUCCCCACCCACCUGCCCACCCUGCCGCUCUGCACUUGGUCAGUAGAGAUGAAUGGACACAGUGAGUCUUCUCCUCCCCUGCAUCAGUUGGGCCCCUCUGGUGCAUUGCAGUAGUUCUGGGCUGAGCACCAUAGGGCUGGCAGGCUUCGUGGCCAACCUGAAUGAGGUAUGGAAAACGCUAGGAGCUCCCACUUGAGGUAUCUACAGUAAGCAUCCCUUUCUCUAUGCCUCACCUGCAAUCCAGACCUCCUCCCACAAUCUCGGUAGCACUCUCUACCUGUGACCCCAGGUCUGCAAGGGAGGCCUUGGGCUUGAACAAGUACUUGCUUGCAAUUGGGGCUUCAAAGUAGUCAGGCUGCUCCAGACAGAAGAUACAACUGUGGUACCAGGGAAUCAGCAUGAAUGUAACUUCCUUCCUUUGAGAGCAGAGGAUCCCAUAGCCUAUCUGCAUAAAUCCUUUUCUGGGACCUGCCUUGAACUGCUCCAGAACUGACUGGAAGGUUCUAGAGGUAAAAAUUCAAAUGUUGAAGCCAGAGGGAACUGGGGGGGCUCUUUCACAGGGGUCACAUAUCCUGCAUGCCAUAUAUUUACAUUCCAAUUCAUAACAAUAGCAAAAACACAGUUAUGAAGUAGCAACAAAAUAAUGGUUUUAUGGUUGGGGGUCACCACACACGAGGAACUGUAUUAAAGGAUUGCAGCAUGAGGAAAGUUGAGAACCACUGCUGUAGAGUGAUCUCUGUGUGUGUUCCUCACUGCAGAGGCACGAUUAAGCACUGCAGUCCUCAUAAGCCAGUUCAUGUGUUCAUUCAUCCAGCAAGGAAGUUACUAACUCAAGGAGAUUAUUGGUCAUGAAGUCCAGCAGCAGCAAGGGGUCCAAAAGCAAGCCACUAAAAGGCCAGAAGGGAAACACACUAUCUGCUUACCAAUGAGGAAAGCUAGCACUGCCUUAAAGGAAUUUAUGGAGAGGAGCUUUUUAAACUGGGUCGUGAAGAAUCAGUAAGACUUCAGGGGCAGGGCAGGUGGUGGUGAAGCAGUAAAGAGACUCUAGGCAGAGUUGAUGGAGUCCAGGUGGGGAAGGAAAUGUGUGCCAAGCUGUGGGGUAUGAGGGCAAAGCAGAUGAUUUCUCUCCCUCUCUAUUAGAAAAGCAGCACCCAGGUGAACAAACGCCUAUGACUUUCCACGACUAUCCAUUCUUAGUCCAGCAGUCUGGGAAAGAGAAGGGGGUAUGAGCAUGAGUGGAGGAGAGAGGAACACUGAUAUUAAGGCCAGGAAAAACCUGUGUGAGCUUACUCCCAAGGCUGUGGGACACUAAGGUGGUAAGGCAUUCAUUCAGGAGACAGGAAACACAUGUGAGGGUUCUGAGGUAGGAAUGCAGCUUCCAGGUCAUCAGGGAGGAAUCUGAGAUGGAGAGGACCCUGGGUCUGCAGGAGAUGGGCAGAGUAAGGCAGAAGAGAUGGGAAACUGAGGGAGCUUUAUGCUAGCAACCAGGAAGUGAGGUGUAUGUUAGGAAAUGCCUCUUGCUGUUGUAGAGACAAAGGAGCAGCACAUAGGCUGGGAGACCAGUUAGACCUAGGGUCCCAGCCGUAGAUGCAGGUUGGAGUUGCCUGUGGAGAUUUAGUAAGGCUGACUGGAGCCCACUCCCAGAAGUCCUGUAUGUCUGGGGCAUGGCUUGCGGAGCGGGAAUCACUUGAAGAUCCACAUAAGUGCACAGCACAAAGUACAAACCUUGAGUCAGAAGGGUAUUGCUAAGAAGGAGGGGGAGAUAAAAGAGGUGGGGGAGAGGAGGAAGGGGUGAGGAGGAAAAUGAUGAUGAGGAAAUAGAAAGGGGAGAAGAGGUCACAAAGAAUGUCUGUACCCUGGAUGAUAUCUCGACCUAGAGUAAUGCACUAGAGGAGAGGAAAAGAUGGGAGGUUUGAGGAGUUAGAAUGGAACCAAGGAGAGCUCUGCUGGACACACACACACUCACAUACACACUCAUUAUAUAUACUAAAACACAUACUCACACACAUUCAUACAUACUUACAUACACACUCAUACACAUAUACACUCACUCACACACAUACACUCACACACACUCAUACACAUUCAUACACACACACUCACACACAUACACUCACACACAUUCAUACACACUCACAUACACAUAUACACUCACACACAUACACUCACACACAUUAAUACACACUCACAUACACACUCACAUACACACUCAUACACAUAUACACUCACUCACACACAUACACUCACACACACUCAUACACAUUCAUACACACACACUCACACACAUACACUCACACACAUUCAUACACACUCACAUACACAUAUACACUCACUCACACACAUACACUCACACACAUUCAUACACACAUACACACUCACAUACACACUCACAUACACACUCACAUACACACUCAUACACAUAUACACUCACUCACACACAUACACUCACACACAUUCAUACACAUUCAUACACACACACUCACACACAUUCAUAUACACUAACAUACACUCUCACACACUCAUACACAUAUACACUCACUCACACACAUACACUCACACACACUCAUACACAUUCAUACACACACUCACACACAUUCAUAUACACUAACAUACACUCUCACACACUCAUACACACUUACACACUCCUACAUACUCACACACAUAUACACUCAUACAUAGAUACUCACACACACUCAUAUACACUAACAUAUAUACUCAUACACACAUGCUCACACAUACUCAUACAUGUGCUCACAUACACUCACACUCAUACACACACUCACAUACACUCAUAUACUUCUGACACACCUAUACUCACACUCGUACACACACACACACACACACACACAUACACACACACUUAGUUUGGGUACAGACAAAACCCUGAAGAAAUACCACUUGUGGAGUCCAUGACACGAAUUUAAAUUUGGUCAUAUUGAGUCUUUGGUACCUGUAACCCAUGGAAGUGGUCAGCUGACACCUGGAUACACAGAUCUAAAAGCUCGGGGAGUCUGUGUUUGGGGCACCCAGGACCCUGAAGCAAGAGGGUCCCCCAGAAGUGAUCAAUCUCCCACUACUUUACUUCUACUUCUAUCUAUAGUUUUAUAUCUAGUUACUGUAUAUAAUAACUCCGUUCUAUAACAGGCAGAGUCACCCAUGGCACUUGACUAUGAAUACUUGUGCUGAGUUUGGAAAUUAAAAGCAGGGACGGAAUUAAAAGCAAAGUUUAACCUGAUUCAACCAGUACACUAACAUUCAUGUCUAUCAGUGUCUUUGAAGGAGUAAAUAAAAUAUUAAAUAUCGUACAAUGGGAUAUUACUCAGCAACAAAAAUGAAUGGGCCUAUGAGUUGGAACACAACACAAAAGAACCAAAACACAUUAUCCUAAGUGACAAUAAAUCAUCAAUAGAAGGACAGAAGGAAUGUGACUUUACUUGUCCAGGCCCCAUGAAUAGGCAAGUUCACAGAGACCCACAGUAGCUGUGAUUCUGUUUCUAAUAAUAAGAAUGUUGUAGAAAUGGGUGGGUGUGGAGUCUGCACGAUAUUAUCAACGCACUUAAAGCCACUGAAUCAUACCCUAAAACAGUUAAGCUUUAUGUAUGUUUUCCACAAUAAAAAAGUAUCUGCGUAAGUAUUUUAUAUGGGGUAAGAAGGCAGGCCAAUCAUCAUUGAUAAUUACCAUAUUGCUAUGGUAGACGAGUGUUCCAAAGUUCACAGGCAGAUUGGCAGGCAUAAAGGUGCUGUGUAAACACAGCCUGUACUGGCCCAGACCUGUUGCUCACCGCCCACUCCAGCCAACGACUCGAUGACCAAGUUAAAGAAUGAAUAGAUGAUGGCAUCACAGAACCAUGACCAUGUUCACCCUGGAGGCCUGUUGCUCCUUGCUCUCUGAAAGAAUUCCCUUUGGGGACCAGGGAUUAUGGCGUUGGCUGAGAGAUCUAAGAUGGUUGUACCAUUGAUAGAAAAGAUCUACUCACAAGAGGCCACGUCCCCGCCAAGCCCAAUCCAUGGGCACUUGUUCUUGGUUUGCCUGCUCAGUUUUCUGGACCAGUAAAGAGAGGCUCCGGGGAAGGCAUGUGAUACCUCCAACCUGGGGAAAGAACCCGCUGGCUUGGGUAUGUGUACUGCUUCUCGUUUUUCCAAGCAAACCAAUUUUCAAAGAUCAAAUUUUAGAGACACUCAGAAAGUGUGAGGUGGGACCAAAGUGCCCAGGAACCAAAGGUCUUCUCAGACAGCAAGUGUGUCUAGUAUAAUUGGAGUUCACUGUAUGUUCCGCCCUCUCAGCCCACGAUUCUCCUGAAAUCUGUAAUCAGCCUAUUAUUGGCAUAGAGGUACCAUUGGAUUCUCUAGUGGCUGCGUGGCCAACCUUCAAAUGCUUUAAAAUGCUUUGUGCACUUCCAAUGUGACCUUAUCGAUCAGCUUUUAGCAUCUGCCUAGCGUUCGGGUGCCUGGGGCCUUGUGGACUGCCUCAGAUGAUAGAGUGGAAUGCGUGUGUGUGUGUGUGUGUGUGUGUGUGUGUGUGUGUGUGUGUGUCUUAUGCGUGUGGAGGCUGGAGAGAUCAAUAUCUGGCAUUGUUGUUUGUUUUGCCUCAGAGUUUCUCACUGAACCUGGAGUUCACUAGCAGCUCUACUAACCAACUCUUCCAGCAGGUUCUAUUUCGAUAGCUCCAGGGAUCCUCUUGGCUCAACCUUUUCGGUCCCGGGUAACUAGUCUUUUGUGUAUGGGCUCUGCAGGUAUCAGGUAAAAUUCUUCAUGUUUACAUAACAAGGACUCUAUCACCUAAGCCACGUCUCUAGCCCAAGCUACUCGUUUUUCAACAGGCAUACGACAGUGACAGUGUCAUUCCAUAUGACAGCAAUGUUUCCUUGUUGACCUCUAGGCCCUCACAUUCUGCAGGGCUUUCACGCAUGCAUGAAUGGCACACCCACGUCUCCAAUUCAUCCCUGAAUAUAGAGUAACUGGCUAGAAAAGGGUGGUCCUCCAGGCCCCUCGGGUCCCUCCCACAGUUCUGUAUGGGUUCUUUUAAGCUGCAAAAUAAGUCUUGUGUGGUCUGCAUUGGGUAGCCUGCCGGACUGGCCAGGCUGGUAAGCAGCAGACACAUGACCCUGCCCUUCCCCCUGCAGGGCAAGGAUACAGGAAGGAGAGGCCAUGAUGAAUGUAAUUUCAAGACUCCAAAGAGUGACUCAGACAUUCCACUGGAGCUUUUCUUUUCCCUCUGUGUUGAUGUGUGCAAUGUAAUUGUAGUCAUUUUUUCCAGCAUUGAUAAACAAUGAUUAUCCAUGGCAGAUUAUGAACUGGGGACGGUGAGAACAGCCCGUGUUGCCAGCAAUUCUCCCUCCCACCAGCAACACCUAAGACAACUGCCCAAGCCUGGGAUUUCUUGAUUCUAGGGGUUUUAGGAAGGGUUCAGGCUGAGGGUAUCGAGAGGGAUCUGUUGAAAAGAAUGGAAAGAAAGCAGUUGGGAGCUUGAGAAUUCUGGCCUGACCCUGGCCCUAUCCCACACUCCUUUGUUGCCUGGAUUGAGGAUAAAUACAGAGAUGGUUGGGUUGGCAUAGCAAGGUAGCUAUCAGGAAAGAAACAGAAGGCAGUACUUGGCGAGAACCUUGCGCAGGCCAGCAGCCCUGCUAAAAACCUCCUCCAGUGGGCUCUAUUCCCUAUCCUCUCCACAGUAACAGGGAAACACCUAACACUGCCUGCACACUCAUACCUGAUGAGAUUCAGCAACAAUCAGUUCACCUUUCACAUUUAUUUCUAAGUGCCAUAUCCUCAGAUCCUCAGACUCUGGAUUGAAACCACUUUUAAAAUUACUCCCGUACUAAACCUGCACACAUGGUUGCUUCCUGUCAUUAUCCAGUAAAUAAUAUAGUAUAACAAUUCUCUACGUAGCAUGUGCAUCACGUGAAGUGUUGUAAGUAGUGUAGAGUUGACUUAAAGAGUACAGAAGGACUCGUGUAGCGUCUAUGCAAAUACUUCACCAUUGUAUGUGUGAGACUGGAGCAUCUUCAGAUGUUGCCGUGUGGCGGGAGAGGGUAUUAGAAACUGAUUCACUGCCUUCUUCCAAUUUAGAGAUGAGACGUUUGGAGCAGAGAGGAUUGCAUCACAUGGCUGCUCAGUGAUGAGGGAAGGAAUCAGGUUUGGAACCAAGGUCAUAUAAUUCCAAACUCUGUUUUCUCACCCCAGCAAUGGUUGCUUCCCACCAGGAGCUGGCCUUGUUGCACCACUGUGAGGACAAUCUUCUGUCUGUAGCUCUGGCAAUGUGGGAGAACCCCGGGUAGUGACUCUACCAGCUACUAAAAUGCUGGCUGCUAGCAAAAAGCUGCUCUACCCAUGAACUGGUCACUGGGGAACAGAUGUUCUAGGGAGUGACCAGAGGCAAAAUUGGCUGGAAAGCCAGACCAGCUGUGUGUCACCAAUAUCUGUUUUCUCUGUUGUCCCAGAGGCAACGAGACACAAGGGCUUCUUAGAGGGGCAACAUAAUUGCUUUACUUGGUGUUCUCCAGAGAAACAGAACACACACACACACACACACACACACACACACAUACACACACACAUACACACAUAUAUACACACAUACACACACAAAUACACACAUACACACAUAUACACACAUACACACACAGAUACACACAUACACACAUACACACACAGACACACAGAUACACACACACACAGACACACAUAUAUACACACAUACACACACAAAUACACACAUACACACAUACACACACAGAUACACACAUACACACAUACACACACAGACACACAGAUACACACACACACAGACACACACACAGAUACACACACAUGCACACACACAAAUACACACAGACACACACAGAGAUACACACACAUACACACAGACACACACAGAGAUACACACACACACACACACACACACGGAGAUUAUUAUAGGAAUUCCAUCACCUGGUUAUGGGGGUUGAGACGUCCCACCAGUCACCAUGUGCAGACUGGAGGACAAGAGAGAUGUAAUUCGGACCUUCUGUUUCUACUCAGGCCCUUAAUGAAGAGCAUGAUGCCACCCACAUGCAGAAGGCUGUGUGUAACUUAUCCAUCCAAAUGCUGAUCUCUUCCAGAAACACCCGCCCGGAUACACCUAAGAAUCAUAUGUCACCCACCAUCCAAAUGUCCCUCAGCCCAGGCAGGUUGAUACACAGAGCUAGCCAUUACAAUAUUCCUGAGGUAUAGCCUUUGCCUUUGUGGGGUAAAUUCUCUGGAAACGGGAACACAGGGGACUCCUGGAGGACCCUCUAGGCUAGGCCCAAAUGUCAGUGCUGGUGUUGGAUAAAGGAUGAAAAAGCCAGCAGGCCUGGGGUCCUUGGGCAAUGGUCUGGCUAGGUUUCUCUCCAUGCUUCUUGGUCUUCGGUCUCAAAGGAUUAUAAGGUGCUGGCAGUGAGGGCUGGACGAGCCGUUGAGGAUGAACAUUUGGGUGUAUAUCAAUCACACUGAGCCGAGUAAUUAUGGGAAUCAGGAAACUAGUGGCUUGGAUAGACAGAAACACCUUUUCUAGUCCAGCUUAUACUACAGGCCAGCUGGGGCCUGGACUUCCAAGAUUAAAUCUCGAACUUUUAAAAGACUUGUUUUUAUGUACGCUUAUGUGCCUGCUUCUCUGUUUGUAUACUGUGUGCGCAUAGGUGCACCUCUGUUCCCCAAGCUCCCACAGGAGCUUACGUUUUAAUUAGACCCAAGAGCUUUUUCAAGGGGUUGAAUAAGGAGGAGCAGGUAAUUUAGUCAAAUGAGCCUUGGGAGGCAGAGAUAAUGUGGAGGCUUGGAAUUAGAACCACACUGACGCCCCGGGGUUCUGAGCUGCUGUUUCUCACCAUGUAGAUGGGGUCCCAAAUUCCUCAGUCACCGGGGAUGAGAUUUGACACACAGAAAGUAUGUGAUUGGUCCUUGUGUCCUUUUAAGUAUAAGUUGGUAUACUAGUCGGGGGCCUCCAGAGGAGCAGCAGUAAGACCUGGAUUCCUGGAGAGCCACUGGUCUUCAGUCCACGUUGGAAAGUCACAGAAUCUGGAUUCUGACAGGAGUGAAGGACCCCGGCAACAAUAUAUGCUCACCGGAAAGAAGCCAGUUCUACACACCCGACCUGUUUGUCACUGGAAGAGGCUGCCCAUUCGGAACUCUCCCUUGAUCCUUUCUGAGAAUACGCUCAUGAACCCAACCAGACAUGUCUCUUUGUUGCUCUGAGGUCCAACUUAAAAAGGGUCAGGGGAGUUUGUGCUAAUCCAGACCACAGGACUGGCCCCUUUAAAGAUGGAGAGAUGGGGCUGGCUGAAAGGAGGUGGUCAUAUAAAACAUUUAACCCAGAGUCCUCCAGGUUCUCCUGCUUCAGGGGCUCCUCCCAUAAUCCCAAUGGAAGCUGCCCCACUGUUUAAAUAAAGUUCAUCAUUUCUGUACUUUCUCCUCUCUGGGACUUCUGUGUGUCCCUUGUCUGUGCCUCCCUUCUUUCUGCCUGUCAGCCCACUGUCCUGUGGAUCCCACCCCUGCAUCCUCUGCCUCAGUGACCAGCCUUUCCCCUCCUGUCACACUUGCUUUUUCUAUGAGGAGCUUCAUUCCCAGAGAUGCAAUUCUUUGUCCAUCACGGGCCUAAACUUGGUGGCUCCCCUAGAGGGCCAUCCUUCACCCAAGAUACCCGAAGCACA